AUGCAACGAAAAAUGUCACAAAGAGAGUGUUCAUUUUUAUCAGUAACACUUAAUGUCGAUGGUUUGCCGAUACACUCUAGUACUACUCAUUCUUUUUGGCCCAUUUUAUGUAUUUUAGAUCAAUCUCCCGACAAGCAGCCAUUUAUUGUAGCACUUUAUUACGGGCAAUCGAAGCCCAACAAUGCUGCUGUAUUUCUGCGUCCCUUUGUAGAAGAAUGUUUACGGUUAGAGCAGAAUGGUUUAUAUGUUAAUGGAGUAAAGUUUGAAUUUCGAGUAAGUUGCAUCAUAGCAGAUGCACCAGCUAGGGCAUUUAUAAAAUGUAUCAAAUCUCACAAUUCCUUGCACGCUUGUGAGAAGUGUCAACAAGAAGGUGUAUAUAUUGGAAGAACUGUGUGGCCAUAUUCAUCUGAAUUAUCUCUUAGAACUGAUAUUGGAUUUGUUAAUCAAGAAUAUGAAGACCAUCAGAUUUUAAAAAGUAUACUAACAGAACUUGAUGUAGGGUUGGUCACUCAAGUACCACUCGAUUUUAUGCAUCUAGUUUGCCUAGGAGUUGUGAAAAAAAUGAUUCGUUGUUGGAUUGAAAAUGGACCGAAAGAGUGCAAACUAAAUAUUCGCAAAAUUGAUGAAAUAUCUAGGCGCUUGCUACUCUGUCAUAAUCAUUACCCUGCCGAGUUUUCUAGGCGUCCUCGGCCAUUGAAAUUAUUUAAGUAUUGGAAAGCCACCGAGUUCAGAGCGUUUGUCCUCUAUAUAGGUCCUGUUGUAUUGCAGAAAAUUUUCCCGAAUGGAUCUAUUUAUAAACAUUUUAUGAUGUUGCAUUGCGCGAUAUACAUACUAUGCAGUGAAGAUAUAUCUCAAAAUGAUCAGUGGCGGUCUUAUGCUGACAGCCUUUUGCAUUGCUUUGUAAAAAAUAGUCGAAUAUUCUAUAGCGAAGAAUUUACUGUUUAUAACGUGCAUAAUCUUUUGCAUCUGGCAGCAGAUGUGUAUAAUUUCGGAUCAUUAGAUUUAUUCUCUGCAUUUCCUUUCGAAAAUUUCAUGUCAAAAAUAAAACGAUUAGUUCGUUCACACAACAUGCCUCUAGAACAAGUUGCUAAGAGGCUGGGUGAAAAGUCCAAUUAUAGUCUGCCUCAGAAAACAAUUCCAGUUAAAAAGCAAGGAGGUAUAAUAAAAAAAAUCCCAAUUUUUGACAAUUGUGUACUAAGUACAUGUCUUGGGGAUUCAUGCUUCGUAACUUUAAACGGUGAUAUUGUAGUCAUUAAGAAGAUAAAAAAAUGUCCGAAGUCUGAUGACUAUAUUUUGCAAUGUAAUUCCUUCUUAAAUAAAUCCGAUUUUUAUGUGGAACCAAUCGAAAGUAGCAAAUUAGGCAUUUAUAAAGUUAGUCACGGCACAAACAGAAAAAAUUAUCUCGUCACAGUUGCACAAAAAGUGUUUACUGUUACCCAACUUUUGUGAUAAUGAUGACUCUUUUGUAUGUAUACCCUUUGUCAGCUCAAAGUUAUACUAUUAAGUAUGGCCGGUCACUAAUAGAAGUAUAUGUACUUAAUUAAGACCAGUAAGGCUCCAUUAAAAUUGUAUUAAUUGUUGAUUUAAAGUAUAAGUAUAUUUUGAAAAUAUUUUUUGUGGAAUAUUAAGUCAUAAUGGCAAUAUUUUUUUUCGGUUCAUAGAACAGUAAUUAAUAAUAUAAGAAAGACUUUAAAAAGGGUCAAGUAGCCUAUUACCACCUGCACGGGAAGCAUGAUCGCGCGAUAGAUGAUAAAAUAUCAGGCCGUCCCUAUCGCACUUACAAAUAGUGCGAUAGGGACGGCCUGCUAUUUUGUGCUGCUACCACCAAAUUGUUACCAGUGUACUUAUUAUUGUGUUGUACUCUUUCUUUAAUACGUAUGUCAUUUCACACUGGUGUACAAAUUUUUUAAAUUAAUUAAAGUCACAAAACUGA